AUGCCAUCCCCUCUCCGACGACGAAACGGCCGCAAAGCUGCCUGCGAAUCCUGCCGGAGACGGAAACUGGCCUGUCACCACAGCCAUCCCAUCUGCCAACGAUGCCAGAAAUACUCGUUUGAGUGCGUCUACCGCGAAGAAUCUACCAGAACAAGGCAAGGUAAUUCUGAUGCUGCAGAACAGUCGCCUGGCCGGAGAAGCCCCGUUCAUCCGGCAAGUGCACCAUCACCCUCGAGCUACCAGGCUGUGGAGCGGACUCCUCCCAUGAUCGACAGCCCGCUCGAAUAUCUCGGUCCGACAAGCUUUACCUCAGUCUUUAUACCCGAUGAGCAGGACUGCGCGGGACUGUUUUCCAAGCACGUCAACCCGAACGAUGGAUGGAUCCGAUUAGCAGGGAGUCACGCGUCAAAGCGGAUGUGGAGUGCAUUCCGGCCAAAUCUGCUGCGACGAUCUAAGUCAGACUUGAUAGAGAAUAGUAAGACAUCGUUACGGACGGAGCAGAAUCCAAACGCCUGGCUGGCCUCAUUCACAUAUUGUCGAACACAUCCCUCAGUCACAGGAGUAAGAGCACUGAUGGCUCACCUGAAGCAUUAUGUAUCGUUGUGUAUUGAUAUUUGCAGACGUCUUGGUUCUGUGAAUGUGCACUUCGUGUAUCUGUUAUACAAGCAUAAUAUUCUGGAGGGAAUCUUGAAUGGGGACAAGAGUUUCUCCUGCUGGACGCAGCAUGGUGAGCUCGUCGCCGUGACCACCUCCCUCGGUCUCCAUCGCGAGCUCAGCGCCGACGCAGAAGCGCUCACCCUCCAACAUGAACUCAAAAGAAGAGUCUAUUCUGCCGUAUUCAACAUCGACAAGGUCAUUUCCACCUUUACCGGACGCCCACCCCUUCUCAACCAAGCUUAUUCCUCCACGCGUGUCCCCCUUGAUCUCAGCGAUGACGCCCUCUUACCAGACAAUUUCCAAUCGGCAGCUGUCGAAUUAGAUGCUCAAGUGUGGAGCAAAAACGGCCAGAUCUACUCCACCACGAUCCUUCGAUCACGCACCAUGUUCGCUCAUAUCCGACAUAAGAUCUUAGAGCUCCUGGGAGCAAUGACCGAUAGCCUACCCGAGCAAUCAGUCAAUCGAGUCAUAAAAUUGAAACAAGAAACUCAUGAGACAUACAUGCAGCUUCCAUCAUCAAUCCGAUUCUCGAAAGCCAGCGUAGACAGGGCUGAAAUUCCCGGGCACGACCUCUACGCGCAAAUCCUCACCCGACUAGAGUUUCUGCUGAAUCUGUUUCUGUUGGAACGUCUCUUAACGCGGCACCGCAUCGUGACCGAGCAAAACCUCAUCAGCGUGAGUCAGGAGAUGCUGGACUUGUCUUUGAUAUUCUGGAAGAAGGAGGACCGGUUUAUCGGGCUCUACAAUGACUUUGACUGGCUGGCCAUGUCGUACGCCGUUCCCUCCAGCGGUAUCCUCUGUCUGGAGCUCUUACGACAAGCCGCCCACCCGCAACAGUAUGAUCUGCGCCUCCCACGAUCAGUCAUCAUCCAGGACCUGAGUUUGCUGGUGGCGUAUCUUGAGUGGAUUCAAUAUACAACAUCGUGCGGGAACGUAGUCGCCUCUAUUCGGAGGAUUCUGAGUCGAUGUCUGGACCAGAUCCUUGAUACCCCCAGCGGUCUGAAUCCACCGUCGCAGUCUGUCAGCCUGUCGCUGCCCGACGAGCGUGCCUUGUCGGAGUUUUCAAAUCUGGAACUGUUGAACACGUUUGACUGGAUGGAUUGAGAUGGGGCAAUAUCUAC